CAUUUCAUUUCAUUUCUUUUAUCCCUAAACCUUAGGGCUUUGAUUCUCUCUCUCUCCUUUCUCUCUUUAGAAUUUUAAACAAGUUUUCAAGAAAAUUCACCUGAAUUCUUGGCUUUACAGCUCCAUUAAAAUUGUUUCAUUCUUGUUUUGUUUGUUGUGGUUGGGCCUUUUGAAUUUAAGCUGCCGGACAUGGUAGUGAGUCACUGAGAGAGUAUCGUCGGAGUUGGCAAAGUACUAAGAUAAGGAAGCAACAACAUUGCCGGAAUUUCGGGUACCCAUUCUUAAUUUCUCCGAGCUCGACUAGCCCCACUGAAACCCUCCUCAGCUCCUUCGAUCUAUAUAGAGCUGAUCCGGACAAGGUUUGAGUUGAUGGGAGGGGAGAAAUCACAGAUCGAACAGUUAAGGAUUUGACUUUUGUCAUCUAACUAAAACGACGAGAUCAAGCCAUGCCGCUUAGCUUUUCUCUUCAGCCCGCCCACCCACCCACCCCAAAAGCUUAAUUAAAUCUCAAAGCUUCAGAUCAAAGGUGGCCUGCAAUUUCUAUGGAAGCUAAAAGAGAAAAGAGGAUGAGGAAGAGGAGCUCGUAAUAAAAGAGUUUCAGAGAGGUUUUGAAAGCAGUGUCGCCAGGAAAGAGAAAAGCUUUUGCCUUUCUUUCUUUCUUUCUUUCUUUCUCGUCUUCUCUCCUCUCUUGUGUUCUGACAUUUCAACGGGUCCUGAACGUGAUAUAUCAAUCCAAUCAAUCAAUCCCACAAAACAAAAGUACUCCUUUUUCACCUAUACGUAUAUGGGGUUUUGUAUGUAUACACCACAAACCAAAGUACUACUCUACCUGCGUUGCGUAAUCAUCAUCAAUGCAAAGGACACCCAAAACCCACAUCUAUAAACACUCCACACCCCCUUCCCACCCCCACUACCUUACCCACAGUUUUUUUUUGUUUCUCUCUCUCUCUGUAUCUCUGUGUAGCUGAGCCCUAGUUUGGAUUCUUGAAACCCAGGGUACAAAGUGUAAUAUCACACUAGUGUAAUUAAAGAGAGGUUUUGAGAAAGGUAUGAAAGUGGUAUGGAGAUGGAGGAGAUUGAAGCUCAUCAGGGGUGUAGUAAGUUCCAAAGAAUCGGAAAUGGGAAUGGGAGGAUGGUGUCGUCGGGCAAGAUAGCCCACAACGGAGAUGAGGAUGAAGACGACGGAGAGCUGAAGAGGAGCAACGGCGGCGGAAGAGGAGGAUUGAAUAUUGGGAGUGGCCAUGGCGGCGUUGGUGUUGGGAGCCUGUGCGGGUGGCCUUCGUCUGGUCGGAUUGUGCGGGUUUCUCGAGCUUCCGGCGGGAAAGAUAGGCACAGUAAGGUACUGACAUCAAAGGGGCUGAGGGACCGGCGUGUUCGCCUCUCCGUCAACACCGCCAUACAGUUCUACGAUUUACAGGACCGUCUCGGGUACGAUCAGCCCAGCAAGGCGGUGGAGUGGCUGUUGAAGGCGGCGGCUCCCUCCAUAGCCGACCUUCCUUCUUUGAACCCUCCCUUCACGGAGCUGAGCGACGAGCGGAGGUCCAGCGCCGCCGGCCUGCAAGAACAAGAACAGGCUGACAUUGAAAUGGAAGGAGAUCAGAAUAUGAUGCUGUUAUCCAAGUCUUGUAGUAGCACCUCGGAGACCAGCAAGGGCUCCGGCGGGGGGCUCUCGCUUUCCCGGUCGGAGGGUCGGAUCAAGGCCCGGGAGCGUGCUCGCGAGCGGACAGCCGAGAAGGAGAAGGAGAAGGAAAAUAAUGAGACCUCCGGCCACCACAACCACGGUGUCUCCGCCCAUCCCCACCACCACAAUUUGAACCCAAUUUCUUCCUCGUCUUUCACUGAGCUGUUGACCGGAACCACCAGUCCUGCGGCGGCCCAAACCAGAGGAGGAGGAGACACAAAUUUCUUUGCUAAAUCUCCCACUCCCAUGGAUUAUUUCACUAGCGGCCUGCUAUGCCAAACCUCCACCCGCCCAAUGGAUCAUCACCACUCUUCUUCCUCGGCCUUUCCUGGGAACAUUAUUCAUAUGACCAAUCCUCUAGCUUCGGUGUCUUCCCCGUUGUUCAAUAUGGGUGGUGGGGAGCUUCCAAUUCAGCCCUUCUCCUUCGUUUCAGACCAUUUAGCCCCUGCCGGAAAUAAUGGCAAUGGCCAACAAAACAACAACGAGUACAACCUAAGCUUCAGCAUUUCGCCGUCUUCUUCAUCUUCCGGCCUUCCUGCCGGUCUUAAUAGGGGGACCCUUCAGUCCAAUUCUUCUUCCCCGUCUCUCCUGCCUCACUUCCAGAGGUUUCCUCCCUUAGACGGAUCGUCACCGGGUUUCUUCACCCUCUCCACCGCCGACAACCACCACCACCACUUUCUGCCCCGAUUCGACGCCCGUUUGCAGCUCUACUACGGGGACACCCACACCGCCGCCGCCGCUCGCCCCUCUUCUGACCACAAGGGAAAAGGAAAGAAUUGAUUUUCAUUCAACUUUCACUUCCUCUCAACCCCCCAUCUUCAAACCUGGUAAGUGAAGAUGGAAGUGGGAACUAAUGUGAAGAAGCUUUCUGGUUUCCCCUUGUGAAGUUGCGGCGCUUAUUGUAAUGGUAAUGGUAAUGGUAAUUGUGAGAUGGGAUUUUAUCCUCCAUUACAAAGUAUAAAUUAUUGUGAGGCACCCAAAAAUAUAAUAUUCCCAGGCAGGCAUCCAUGCAUUUUGGUGCUUUUAUGAUGGCUGGUGCCCAGUAGCAGUCCGGUUUGUUAUUUUUGAUGAGAUAAUAGAGAUCAGAUGAUAUGUUUGUUGAUUGAAACAUUAUUAUCCCUUCCCCUCCCAGAUUUUGAUUUGUGUGUUAGUUUCGAUCUAAGUGUGCAUAACCAACCGCCAUCAGUUGAAUCAUCAUCAUAUCAUAU